GUGCCUCUCGCAGGCAGGUCCCAAUGCAGUGCAGCCCGCGUGCUCCUCGGCACUUACUUUCUGUUGAGUUGUUUAUAAAUAAAAGAAUAACAACGUUCCUCGGCUGGCUUUGUCAGGGGGUUAGCGAGGCCCAGUCUACAGGGCUGUCAGCCCCCCACGCAGCCUGGGAGCUCCCCACCCAAGGCGAGCAGGGGUCUGCCCCUGCACUGUUGCUUCUCCACCAGGGAGGGCGCGCUCUGCCGCUGGAAGCUUGUUCUGCCGGAGGCUGCAGGCGCGUACAGAUUGGAAUGAGCCCUUGGCAGGCUCCAGCCCAGUCUGCUUGUACAUCCGGCUCCUGAGCAUUUACACCUUUGAAACUAUCGCAGCCAAUGCAAUCCAAGGCAGUGCCUGGCCGGUCUGCGAGAGUGUCUGCCUGCGACAGCAGCUCGCCUGACUUGGGAUCACAGAACUGAAGUUCCCAGCAGUAGAUUGUGAUUAAUCCCUGGAACCUUUCAAACUCUGUCAGUGUCUUUACUGCCCCUCUCCUCACCUGCCUCACCUCUGUCUGCAUCUGGGGGAGUCCCAGGCAUCUUGGGGAAUUGACAGGGAGGAGCCAGUCAUUCCCAGGCCUGAGCUGGGGUACUCGGUGCAUUGCCUGGCACCUGCUUUCCUCCUUUGUUUCUCCCCCAGGUGCUGCUGUUGCAGUGCUGGGCCCAGUGAGAGUGUGGGCCAAGCUGGGCAGCGCAGGGAGCUCGAAUCCCAGACCUGCUCUGGUUUGCAGGCAGCGCCCCCAGCGAUUGUCCAGACCCUGCUGCUAAAGCUGUGUGUGACGCCCCCCACCCCGCAUUGGCUCAACUCCUGGGCCUGCAACAAGGAAUCUCUGGGCCUAGCUAUGCAGUCAAGGGCUGAAUUGAAGGAUCUGCUCUCUCCCUGGCUUGUUCCUUGCAGAAUAUAACAUUGUGCAGGGACUGCAGCCACAACAGGUUCCUCUGGGAAAGCUCCUGCAGGCGGAAAGGUGCCUUUGGGUUUACCAUGGCGCUCCACCGACCAGCAGCCCUGCCCGCAGCAGAGCACAGAGGCAGCACAAUGGAAAAGAGCCACUGCUAGUCUUGCUGCCUGAAGCAUUGGAACUGGAGCACCCUUACUGCUGGAGACAGGGACACUGGGAGCUGGAUGGGGUUCUGAGCAAUGGACAACGCACCGGAGUCAUCAGCAGAGGAGCCUAUGGAAGAGACAGCAGGGGAGCCAUUGGCAGAGCCCGUGGAGGAGGUGCUCCCUUGCCUGACUCACGUCUACACACUGUAUAUUGGGAACCUGAACCCCAAGUACUCGCGGGAGGUUCUCUGCAGCAUGCUGAAGGACAUUCUGGGCACCGCCAGCCUCCCCCUGCAGCGGCAUGACAUAGAAGUGGUGAAGAAACCGAGACGGGCCUAUGCCUUGGUGCAGGUGGCCACCGAGCUGAGCCUGGAGAACGUCCUGAAGCAGCUCCAGGUUGCCUCGGACAUGGAGCAACAUCUCCUCAGGGAGCUAGUGAUGAAGGGGAAAACCCUGGUGGUGGGGGAAGGCAGGCGAGCCUCGCCCAGUGCUAAGGAGUGCCAAGAGGUAGGCCCAGGCAUUGAGUGGGAUAGGCACAAUGCACUACAUUACUGGCUGCAGUCUUCCGUGUCGCCCCCACUCUGCGCUGUCUGUCCCUGCAUGCACGUGACGUUUAAUCUUUCUGGCUCUGCACAGAGUGACACACAGAUGAAUGGUGCCAGCGCCCCAGAGUCUCCCGUGCUGGGGCGUUUGCAGUCUGGCAAGAGCAGGCUGUGGGGGGCCGAGGAAGCCCAGCCCAGCCCUUGUUGGAAGGGCCCCCCUCAAGCCCGGAAGCUGAUGGAGCGGCCGGCAGUGUUUCUUAGUGGCACCAGGUCAGACAGCGCCAUCGUUCGGAGGGAGAUCGUGGGCCAGGAGCGCUUGUUCUAUGGAGCCUUCAUGGGGAGUGAGACCAGGAAUGUGGAGUUCAAGCGGGGUGGGGGGGAAUACCUGAGUGUGACCCUCAAACACCACGUCCGGAAGUAUGUGUGCGCCUUCCUCAACAGUGAAGGGGGCAGCCUCUUUGUGGGGGUGGAGGACAGCGGCUUCGUGCAUGGGGUCAUGUGUGGGCACAAAGAGGAGGACCGCAUCCGCCUGCUCAUCGACUCCAUUCUGAAAGGGUUCAAGCCGCAGGUGUUCCCCGAUGCCUACACCCUGACCUUCAUCCCUGUGGUCAAAGCAGAAGACACCGGCAUCUUCCUGAAAGUGAUCCGGCUAAGCGUUCAUCUGCCCAGGCAGCAGGGGGAGCUGCUGCUUUAUGAAACGGACCAGGGGGAAGUGUACCUGCGCCGGGACGGCAGCAUCCAGGGACCACUCUCUGGGAGCGCCAUCCAGGAGUGGUGCAGGCAGAAAUGGACAGGAGAAGUGAGGAAGCUGGAAGAGCGGAUAGAGAGUUUGAUGAAGGAGAAGGAGAGCCUGCAGCAACAAAUCAACCAGCAGCGGAGCCCGAAUCCCAGAUCUAGAUUCUGCACCAUCCUGUGAGUCACAACAGAGCAGGAGCAGCACUACCAGAGCCGGGGGAAAAAGUAGUAAGGAAAAGAAAUCAGUUCAUGUAUAUUUGUAUAGAUUUUGAAAGUAAAUUCAUUCCAAUACAGAGCACUGGACUCAAGGGUAAGGCCUGCCUUGUUCAUCUCUUGGCAGCAUGCCGCCCUGCAGCUGAUGGCUGUAACACAGGGUAUUUGUUGUGAGUUUGACUCCAACUCUGACUAGCUGGAUUUCAUGCCAUUUGGGAACCUGUGCAUCACUGAUCACUCUGACCAUGAAGUUACAAAA